AACCCCCGCGAAAAUCGCGAGAGGAGGGCCGCGGCCCGCGCGGUUAUAUCUACCACCGCACACGCAUCCGCCACCGGCUCGGCUCCCGCCUCUCUCCUCUCCUCCUCCCGUUCCACUUCGGCCUUCGAGGCCACGGCCAUGGCCUCUUCGGUGGCCGCCAUGCCGCACGAGACCGCGCAGUGGAGGGACCCCUCCCGCCCGACCCCGUCCAGGGGCUUCUUCAACAUCCUCAUCCCGCCGCCGCAGCCAGCGUCCUCCUUCUCCUCCUCCUCCCCGGACGCCGCCUCCGCGCCCUCCGCCGCGAGCGAGCCCACGCCCAGGCGCCGCCACCAGAUCCUCGAGCGCUGGGCGGCAGCGGCCGCGGCCGUCACGGCGUCCGCCGCCCCGGCCCCGGCCGACCAGCGCCGCCGCGCAAGGGAGGCCGAGCUGUCCGAGCUGGCGUCCGCCACGCGCCCCGUCGCCGCGCGCGCGGCCGUGUUCCGGGAGCCAUCCCCGGCGCCCUCCGACGCCUCCUCCGCCGCCGCCAGCGCGGCGCCCACCGAGCUCCCGCCCGCGGGGCCGCGCGCGUCGUCGCUCAUCCAGCGCUGGCGCGAGAUCGAGGCCGUCGGGCCCGUCACGCCGCGCCCCGGCUGCGCCGACCCCGCGGCGUCCGACUCCGACACCGGCUCGCCGCGUGGCCGCGUGGGGUGCAUCGUCAAGAAGCUCAGCGGGGCGUCGUCGCUCCCCGAGGAGGAGCUCGACGACGUGGCCAAGUCCGAGCUCUCGCUCUCGCAGUCCGCGCCGCCGUCGCCCGCGGCCGCGCGCGGCGCCUCGCAGCACCCGUCGGCCGCGAUCAACGUCCCCCGACAGCCGCACCUCGUCGUCCGGACCGUGCGCGGCCGCCGCGCGAUGGAGGAGCUCGUCGCCGCGAUGGCGCACCGCCGGAGGCGCGAGGUCGCCGCGCUCGCCGAGAGGCACGCCGUCUCCCGCUUCGCGCACAAGGGCAGGAUCCAGUCCAUGCUCCGUUUGAGGCUAUUGCGCCAGCGAGGUACAGUUGAAGAUGAACUGUGGACUCUACUUAAACCAGUUAGGCCACACCAACCACAAUAUGUGUCUGAGAAUAAUACCUUGAGGUAUGGAAGCAGCAGGACAGACUUACGAGAAGCAAACAAUUACAAACAACAAAAUAAUGGCAAUUGCAGGGUUGAUGAACAAUUUUGUAAUGAUAGAGUUCCACUUGAGGAAAAUUCAAAUGAUGUAUCUGUUGAAGGUCUUGUUAAUUCUGAUGGUUCAGAAAAUCUACACUGCAAUGAGCAGAUGAAAACCAAGGGAAACUUUUGUGUUCAUACUCAGAAAUAUUCUGAAGCAUCAAGCUCUGCAAGGUACAGUGAGCAUAGUACCGUUGAUGACAAUCAAUUUGUGGAAGACAUCUCCCCGAGCACCACAAGCACAUUGCACGAUCUACAGACUCCAUCAUCUCGAGGAGAUAAUCUACGUGAAGAAGACAACCAAAGCAUAAAUGGUUCCUGGGAAGAGAGAGGAUUAUGGAUAAGCAGUCUUGGUUGGCCUGCACCUAUAGAUACCAUGAGCCCGGAUAGUUGGCGUCAGGAUGCAAUGGGGGAUAUUGAGAAUCAUAAUCAGAUUCAAUUCAAUGAUCGCCCCUGGAUAGACUCCCCAAACUCGUGGAGAUCAUUAUGUGUUGUCACACAAUCAGACUAUCGCUCUUUGUCCCGCAAUGCUGACAUUUGCAAUCUUCUUGAAAGCAAAAAGGUCUCAAAGUCUCUUGAAAGUGACUUCAGCAAUAAAAUGAACCAGCUCUUGCUAAAAGUCCUGCACAAACAAAGGCAACAGCGGAUGAUGGAUGAUUUUGGAGGAUACUAUGAUGAACGCAUGUAUUGGAGACAGAAUGAUGAAAUCCCGGAUGCUGAUAAGGAGACAUCUGCACCAUGUUCCUUACCUCCUGUAACACAUCUCGGAGCCCAUCAACAAGAGAGUUGGCAGCAUUCUUCAUUUGGAAAUCAACAUCACGAUAACCAAAACUUACUUGAAAUGGAAGUCAGGGUAAGGGGUGAAAUGUCCCAGAUUCAUCAUGAAUUAUAUGAACUGCGGAAACUGGUGGAAAGUUGUAUUGCAUCCCAAGUAAAGAUGCAGCACUCCGUUAAAGAAGAGGUGUGCAGUGCACUUCGUGAGGCAGGGUUGAUGCCAAGCCACCCCGACACAACAGCAGCAAAAAGGGGCAGUUGCUGCAUGUGCCAUCGUAUGCAAGUUGACUCUCUACUUUACAGGUGUGGGCAUAUGUGUACCUGUUUCAAUUGCGCCGAUCAGCUGAAAUCGAGCGGCAGGAGUUGCCCAAUCUGCCAAUCUCCUAUUGAUGAUGUUGUUCGGGCGCAGCUGAAUUUUUGAGAUUUAGGAUUUACUAGGAAAGAAGAAACAAAAAGGAGCCGGCACUCCCAGCUUUAGAUGUGGAGUUUGUGAAGCCCUGGUUUUGAGGAGGCUUCUUACCUUUUGUUAACCACCACUAAAAAGUAUACGAGCUAGUUCUUGGGGAAAUGUAAAUAUGUUUUUUGCGCAAGAGCGGUGUGCUUGUAUUGCCCGAAAAGGGAAACAGGGUUCUAAUCAAAAUGCUGAUCCUGUUUCUGAUGAA